CCACCGCCGCCAUGUUGGGCUGAGGCGAUGACAGGAGGCGGCCGGGGCGUGUGGGAUUGAGAAGUGGAGGAGGAGGCGGAGAGUCAGGGCUCUGAGGGGGAGCUGUUCCUAAGCUAAGGGAGGAGCCCCCGGAAGACGCCGCGGAAGGCAGCGAGGCGGAGGCGGCCGGAGCACGGACGCGAUGCGGCUCGACCCGCGCGGCUGCGCUGAGGCGCCCGCGGCCUGAGCCCCCGGCGCUGUGCUCGGUUCGGCUCGGCCCGGUUCGGCUCGGCUCGGCUCGGCUCGGCGGCCGGCGAGGUCGAUGCCCUUGAGCGCGGCUGCGCGCGGCCCGGCUGUGCGGCCCCGUGGCGCGCGCUGAGCUUCUCGGCGGCCCCGGCCGCUCUCAGCUCCGCGCUCGAUGUGUAGCCACAUAGUUAUCUGUACACUUCGUCGCCGGGGCUUUAAUGAGGACCUGAGUCGCGAGCGCGUGUGAAUCACCGCCUGGGCCGGGGAAAGAGGACGGCGCAUUUAACCCCCUCCCACCCCGCUCCAUGUCCGUGUGUCACUCGGCUCUGUCCACCUGGCGCGGCGGGUCCUGGAGCUGCUACUGCUGCUGACGAUCGACUCCCCUCGCGCCUCUCGCCCCAGAAGCUCUUGUGCUCCCACGUAACUUCUACUUUUUUUUUUUCCUCUUUUUUGGAAAAAGCUCAGCACGAACCGAUCAGAAUUGUGAAGGGUUUUGAUUUUUUUUUCGUAGCUCCAACACUUCUGCUCUUGUUUUUGUUUUGUUUUCUGCGUAAAACCUCUGGCCCACUCUCAAAAGGCAAGAUGUCCAGUCAUGUCCCGGCGGAUAUGAAAAAGGAAAGUCACAUAUCCGUUUUCAAUUUCCUACAUUGUCCUAGUACAAAGUACUGGUACAGAUUAAUUUGCGCCUCAUCUUGGUGAGUGGAAAGACGAAAGAGUUCCUCUUCUCCCCAAACGACUCUGCCUCUGACAUCGCAAAGCACGUGUAUGACAACUGGCCCAUGGACUGGGAAGAAGAGCAGGUCAGCAGCCCAAACAUUCUGCGACUCAUUUAUCAAGGCAGAUUUCUACACGGAAAUGUCACCCUAGGAGCAUUAAAACUUCCUUUUGGUAAAACAACAGUGAUGCAUUUGGUGGCCAGAGAGACUCUGCCAGAGCCCAACUCCCAAGGUCAGAGAAAUCGGGAGAAAACUGGUGAGAGCAACUGCUGUGUGAUCCUGUAACACCAGCACAGUGUGGCGGUCUGUUGGCACUGCGGGGACAGAGGACAUUCAGCAGCUUCCAACACCUGUAGGACAGUCACCUGCACAUCUGUGGGACUGAAUCACUCAUGAACUCUGUCAUCUCUUCUCACAAAGUAAAAAGAACCAAGAACACUUUCGGUCUGGUCCUUUAUUCCUUGUAUCUCGUGUGUGUGUUGAGCAGUCUGAAAUGCACAGUGAUCUCCAGGGGAAGUAGCAAGUCUCUCUCUGCAGACACUGCCUUGCUGCUGGAAAGACUCCUCCGCAGAAGUCUGAAGGCGAGUGCUGCAAGUACAAUUUGCACUAAAAAUAAUUAUUGUUUUCCUCAUCACAUAAUCUGCACGUGUCUGUGGCGCCCAGAAGUUCUCCUGCGUGUAGUCCGCCCUGGAGGACACCCAUCAUCAGUGGAGUUAAUACCAGGCCAGCCAGCCAGGGGAAAUGGGAAGGAAUCUAACAUGCUGGGUGACUUCUACCAAAGUUGGCCACAGUGGCUGUCCUCACAGGAUAUCAAACUGGGCAUGACUGUUGUCACUGCAGCAAAUGAGAAGCCAUGCCUGCUGCUCCCAGUGCUCUAUAGAGGGUGCCCCUGCUGCCUGCCCAUCGAGUCCUCUUGGCAGGGGGCUCAUCCAGACAGCACUGAGGGGCGACAGUGUGUCCCUAGCCUUAAAGUGGAGGGGCCAAUCUCUCAGAGCCCGUCCCUGUGCAGAACUGGUGGGAAGCCUGAGCGGCAGAUCCGGUUGCAUAUUUGAAUAUCAGAAGAUUGAAAGCCUGCACCACCGUCACUCAUCCAAACCGUGCCAGGAGUGUACUCACUCAUUAGAGCAGAGGGAUCCUUUUAAAGUCUCCAGAUGCUAAUUUUGUUUCUUUCUGUAGUUUGCAUUCGGAAUCAGUGCUUGCAAUUGUAUUAAAAUCACAAGCUGAGUUUUAAGCAUACAUGAUCAAUAGCACCACUCUUAUUUUUACCAAUAAUUUAAAAAUUGAUAUGCUAUAAAUAAACAAUUUGCACAGCACUAAAGCAUGAGCUAAUUUCAUCUAAACCUGUAAAAAAAAGAUUUUAUAUUUUUUUUUCACCAGGAAGAAGUCUUCCUGGAUGAAAUUACAAAUAUGUGUAGAUUAUAUUUAAUAAAAAAGACAUAAUAAAAUAUCUAACUGUAGAAUGCAAAUAUAGAUUGGCGUGUAGCAUAUAGACCAGUAUUCCAUAUCAAUAACUUUAUCCAGCCUUUUAAAAGAUGAAGUUGCAGACUACGGUGUGUUCUGUAUUUAAUGAGGACUCUUGGCCCUCAGCAACAUUAAAUGUAAAUGGUCUCUAUGGUCAUCUUUGUUUAAAUGCAAUCAGGUUACUUUAUUCAUUGUUAAUGCUUUGAUGAAGAGGCUUUAUAUGCAGUAGAUCUACGAAAAUAUUGUUCAUACUGAUCAGAAUUAAAUUUGUAUAGAGCAGAGUUUUAAAAUGAAUGUAAAUAGCACUAAACCUUUCCUUUCUGCAGCCUGUACUUAAUAGAUUUCUUCUGUAAACUAAAUAAAAAAAAUUGUAAUGCA